AUGUACAAAAUAGAGAGGUUCUUGUGCAAGCUUAAGCGUUAUGUGCGAAACAAGGCACGAGCAGAAGGUUCUAUUGCAGAAGGCUAUAUUAUUGAUGAAUGUUUGACAUUUUGCUCUAUGUAUCUUACCGGCAUCGAAACUAGAUUUAAUCGUGAAGAUCGAAAUGAUGAUGGAUCUAGCAAGAAAGAUAAACCUAUUCUAGACAUAUUUUCAAAGAGUGCUAGACCAUUUGGAGAUGGAGAUUAUGAUGCCAUACCAAGGAAAGAUCUUGAUAUGGCUCGGUGGUAUGUGUUGAAUAAUUGCGAAGAAGCAGAAUCUUUUCUUCAAGAGCAUAAAGAAGAGUUGGUGAAACAAGAUGUUGGGAAUAUAGAAGAGAAACACAGAGAGCAAUUUCCUUUAUGGUUUAAAAGGAAAAUUUUGAAAUUAUAUAAUAAGGACAAGUCAAUGUCUAUCAAGAAAUUAUAUCCUUUGGCAAUGGAAUCUGAUGUGCGUGGAAGAAGACAUACUGGCUGUGUUACAAAAGGUGUUAGGUAUCUUAUUCAACGACGCGAUGAAUUACGUAAAAGUCAGAAUUGUGGUAUAGUUGUUGCAGGCUAUCAUGAAAAUGAGUUGAUUGAUUUUUAUGGUAUUAUAACUGACAUCAUUGAGUUAGAGUAUGUUGAUGAGAAUCGAGUUUUUCUAUUUAAAUGCAAGUGGUUUGAUCUUCGCAAGAAAACAGGGAUGCAAAAAGAUAAACAUUUUACGAGCAUAUGUGUUAAAAGAUUUUGGUAUGAACAUGAUUCUUUCGUACUAGCUACUCAAGAAAAACAAGAAAAUUCAGAGACAGAAAGUGAUGAGUCGCAUAUUAUAAAUAAUGAUGUGUAUCAAGACAUGUCACUUGAAAGUAAUUUGAUUGUCAAUGAUACGGUGGAUAUGUUGAGUAAACUACAUAGAGAUGAUGUUGAACCGAUUACCUUGGAUGCAAAUGUAAUUGAAUUGGAUGGUCAAACAGAACCAGAAGUUGAAGUUGAUUAUAUCGAAGAAGAUUCUGACUAA